GUUUCCUCAAUUUUGUCAAUGAGGCGUGAAGUGAGUGUGCUGUUCUUCCAAUGACCGCUGGUUGGCGCCAGAGGACACAUUAAAGCCUAAAUCCCAUCUGAGCUCGGUGGAGUGAGUCGGUCCUGAAACAGAUCUACUAACGUCAUUCACCACAGGCCACAACACCGAGAGAGGGAGGGAGAAAGAGAGAGAGAGAGAGAGACCAGCGCAAACAUGCAACUUCCACAGAAAUGUCUUUGCCUCGGAGCGGCUAACAAGUGCAAAAAAGUCGCGAUGUGAGUGUCCGUGAGAUACUGUGGUCGACAUCGCGCUCGACAAGGAGACUCGAACUGUAAAUGUUAGGUGGCUUUGUGUUUCUUGAAAGGAAAUCCCUAAACUUCACACACACACAGGCAGGCAGGCAGGCAAGCAAGCAAGCAGGGAGGGAGGCUGCAGCAGGAAGGAACAAACAGGACUCCGGGUUAGAAAGAAAGGAGGCAUGGCUGUUUGGUCCUUGGCUUCCAGUGCCCAGAGUCCUACACAGGAAGUAUUGGACAGAGUAGGCAGCUGAGGAAGGGAGCUCCUUGCUGGGCCGUAAUGACGAAGAGACAAGGACGGCCCUGCAGGUGGAAGUGAAGAUUUGACCAGGAAGAGGGAGGAAGAAGAUGGGAGCCAAUGCUUCCAGCUACCCGCACUCAUGCUCCCCUCGCUUUGGUGGAAAUUCACAGACACAGCAGACCUUCAUUGGAACGUCACUGUACUCGCAGCAGGGCUACACUUGGGAACCAAAGCUCUACAGUCUGGAACAUAGUGUGCAUGAGAGGCCACAUGACCGGAAGAAGAAGAGCUCUGGCCUGGCCACCCUGAAGCGCAGGUUCAUCAGGCGCCGCAGGGCUGGCCGCUCAGCAGACCAUGCACGGCAGAUGCGAGAGCUGCUCUCAGGUUGGGACGUGCGUGAUGUUAAUGCUCUAGUGGAAGAGUAUGAGGGCACUGCUGCUCUUAAAGAGCUGAGUCUGGCUGCUGGCCUGGCCAGACCUGAGGUUUCUGCUCUGCGCUCUGACAUGGCUGCCCUAUUCCAGCACAAGCACUGCACUGACGUGGACCUGGUCUUUCAGGACACCUGUUUCCCUUCCCACAGGGCCAUCCUGGCUGCCCGCUGCCCUUUCUUCAAGACUUUACUGUCAUCCACAGGUGCAGCAGCUUCGGGCUACGGAGGGACAGAGGUGCUGCUGGACGUGGGCACAGCAGGCAUGGAUGUUGCACUGUUCUCUGCUCUUUUACACUUCCUGUACACAGGUGAGCUAGGCACUGGAGGAGUGGGCGAGGCAGAAACGCGGCUGAGGAACAUGGAUGUUCUUCGGCAGCUGAGUGAGGAGUUUGGCAUGCCUAACCCUCUGGAGGACGACAUGAGGGCACUGUUUAACAACAUGUGCUAUUACGACUCUGUCCUUAGCUUUUGCUCUGAUCCUGAAGUUGCAGAAGCUUGUGAUGGAGUGGGUGGUAUUAGUGGAGGGGGUAUCACCGGAGGCAACACUGUAAACAGCAGCACUGGAAGCGGUGGGCAGUCACCAUCGCCCGAGGAGGACUUGAGGGCCCACAAGGCUGUCCUCUCAGCCCGGUCUCCUUUCUUUCGGAACCUGCUGCAGCGGCGCAUUCGGACAGGUGAAGAGAUCACCGAGCGCACACUGCAGACUCCCACGCUGAUCGUACUGGACGAGUCCAUCAUUCCACAGAAGUACGCCCGCGUGAUCCUCCACUGCAUGUACACGGAUGCUGUCGACCUCUCCUUGGUCCUCCAUGGCAGUCCUUCUGUAGGCAGUCUGAGUGAGGCUCAGGCACUGCUCACAGGCAGUGGAGCUGGCAAGGGUGCUCUAUCUUCACGCACAGAAGAAGCCAUGGAGCUCUACCACAUUGCCCUGUUCCUGGAGUUCAGCAUGCUGGCCCAAGGCUGCGAGGACAUCAUUGUGGAGAGCAUCUCUCUCGAGUCUCUGAUCUCCAUUCUGAAGUGGAGCUCCCAGCCUUAUGGCUCCAAAUGGGUCCACAGGCAGGCCAUGCAUUUCCUGUGUGAGGAGUUCAGCCAGAUCAUGACCUCAGAAGUACUCUAUGAGCUGACCAAGGAUCAGCUGCUGGCUGCCAUCCAGUCAGACUACCUGCAGGCGAGCGAGCAGGACAUUCUGAAGUAUGUGAUUAAGUGGGGUGAGCACCAGCUCAUUAGGAGGAUGGCUGACCGAGAGCCCAAUCUACUGAGUGGUACAGCUCACAGUGUGAAUAAGCGAGGGGUGAAGAGGAGAGAUCUGGAUGUGGAGGAACUGAAGGAGAUCCUGUCACCUCUGCUGCCUUAUGUUCGCAUGGAGCACAUUCUCCCAGCCAACAGUGAUGUCCUUGCUGAUGCAAUGAAGCGCGGCCUGAUCAGCACUCCUCCGUCAGACAUGCUGCCCACUGCAGAAGGAGGCAAGGUCAACGCCUGGCUCAGGCAGAGAAACACAGGCAUCUAUGUGCGCCCGCGCCUAUUUUCUCCAUAUGUGGAGGAGGCAAAGUCAGUCCUUGAGGAGUUGAUGGUGGAACAGACUGAUCUAGUACGGCUGAGAAUGGUGCGCAUGUCUAAUGUACCCGACACCCUGUACAUGGUCAAUAACGCUGUCCCCCAGUGCUGUCACAUCAUAAACCAUCAGCAAAUCACUGGCAACCUGACCGCUGCUCCAUCCAUUGUGGCCAAUGAGAUACCAGUGCCCAGGCUGGCAGUGGUGAGAGAGAUGAUUGCCAGACUGCAGGAGCUGAGGCACACAGACCAGGUUCAGAGAGCGUAUGCACUAAACUGCGGGGAGGGAGCCACGGUCAGCUAUGAGCUGCAGCUCCGCGUGCUCCGAGAGUUUGGCCUACCAGACGGAGCAGCAGAAUUGCUUCAGAACCCACACAAGUUCUUUCCAGAGGAACGCUUUGGGGAUGAGAGUCCUCUCCUCAGUUUAAGAAUGGCCGGCCGCUGCCGAGUGAACAGCUCCCCUGCUAUGGAAACAAUAUUCACAGACCUGGAGACCCUGGGGGGUCUUAACCCCCCUCUUCCUCCUCCACCACCCCCGUAUCACCCUCCAACCUUGCCUACUCAGGCCCAGCACAGAGGAGGCUGGAGGCCAAGAGUCCCUGUGCCUCCACCCUCCCGCUCCUUCUCCUAUCCCUGUAACCACACACUCCUCCAACACAGAAGCUCCAUCUUGCCCAAACCCAGCAGCCACGCCUACCAGCCUCCUGACUACAGCGCUGCACAGAGCAUCGGGAAGACCCUUCCAGCAGAGUCGUGUGGGAGUCUGGAACCUCUCAUUAGUGAUUACAUGCCGGACAUUGCCCUUGGAGUGUCUGCUAUGACCCUGUCGGAGCACAGCGAGCCUCAAGACCUCACCCUUCAUCCUUGUCCUCGUCCCACCUUGACCUCUACAAUCCCUCACUACCCUACUGGACCCUGCCCGAGCGGAAGACACUCUCUCACACAUCUGCCGUGCAAGAGACAUCCCCCCAAACCAAAAACAGAACCUCAGUCUGAGUAUCCAGACCUAUAUGACUUCUCCAGUCAACCAGACACCCCUACAUCUAGCCAUCCUCCUCAGGCCACCUACAAAGUUUCAGACUUGUACAGCCACCGCAGAGGUACAUUUAACAGCUUGCACCUCUCGUAUCUCCCUGACACUUCCCUGUCUGCACACUCCCAGGGCAGGCUAGGACAGCCAGCUGACUCCCUUCAUUUGGAUGUCUUGGGUCAAAGGCUGGACUUGGCCCAGACCUCCUCUGGAGGACCCUCUUUAGGGGGAGCUCUUGUGCCCAGUGGGUGCUCGAUAAAUGACUCUGACCUAACAUGUGGCCUUGGACCUUCAAGGGUAGGUGCUGGCCCAUAUGAGGAGCACACACCAGUUGCAGAUGGCACAGGGAGCAUGAGGGAGACCUCUGGAGGGGUUCAUCACAGGGCCAGUGGUGAAGAAGCAGGGAUAAGCCAGGAUCACAGAUCACCCAGUACGCCAGAGUAUCAGUAUAAGAAAUCUGCACUUUAAAUGACGUGACAAAAAGGGAACUAUGACAUGGGGGCAAUGACUAGUAAAACACAAAUCUGUUUGUUACGCUGCCAGUCAAAAGCAUAGAAGCACCUUCUUGUAGAAGGGUUUGUGUUUUUGUUUUUUUUUUAAGCCACCUGGAAUGUUUUUCCAACAAGAGUGAAGAUGUUUUCAAAUUUUUUUCAAUCUUCAUUUUGGAAAUAAACUGAUAAAUAGCCAUGAUCAGCACCAUUUUAUAUUUGUUUAGGUAACAACUUUUCAAGCGUUUAAAGGCCCCUCAUCCUAUAUUUUAGUAUUUGAAAUUUUCAUUUAUGUAGUUUUUAGUAUCAAAACAGUCAAUAUUUUUUUUUUCUUUUCAUGACCAUUUUUCAAACUUUUUUUAACCCUUACAGUUAAACAGGUUGUCUUUUGUUACUGCACCUUUUAGACUGAUAUAUGUAAAUGAGCUCUGAUCUGCACUAUAUUGUACCUUAUUCAGAAAGCAGUCUGGGCUGAAUCACUCCUUUUAACUUUUGCUUGAAUGGGUGGGGCUAAACUGCUGCAGAUUGAAUAGGUGGAUAUAAGUAAAUGUGCUGGGGUUAUGACAUUAAAAUAAUCAGUGAAAUCAAAACAAGCUGCUUUUGCAACUUAAUUUCCAUAGACAGUAUAUACUGGUUAGUGAAUAGUAUGUUUUCCCUGAUAUAGACUCAUUAAGUACAAGCCUGUAGAUCAAAAUUUUUGAGUUUAUGAAAUUACUUUCAAUUGGGUGUUUCUAAACCUUUGACUGGUAUGGUAUAUCUUGGGAAUGGAAUGAAAAAGGUGUAACCUGUCAUGUCAGAAUGUUGUGAAUUUUAAGCAUGAGCUAAUUAAGAAUGAAUGUGUUUUGUAGGUUUGCAUUUUUGUGGGUAGCAUAUUCAGAGAACUUUCUGUAUUUGUUUUCAGUUUUGAACACCUUCCUUUUGACACCCAGAAUAAUUUAAGGAUCACAGUAAUCGAUGGUAACAUCAAUAAAAUAUGACUACCAUUCAAAAUGGGGAACAGAUCCUAGCUCAACAUUAAUGACAUCACUACCAUGGUAUACAUUCUGUUUAUAUGAAAAAUUGAGUACUUGGACUGAACAAUUUGGGGAAAUAUCUAAUUGCAAUUUUUCUGUGAUUUAAACGUCAGUUAUUUUCUAUAAAUGAAGGUUUGUUUUUAGCAAUGAAGAAUAGAACAUCCACUUUGUCUGGCUUGAGGCUUGACACCUGAAUGUAGUGUGCCAGACAGCCAGUAUGUUGCAGUUGUGAUGUUGCAGCACAUGAGGAUUUGGUUGCCUCUGACUGGUGAACUUAUCUACAGUCAGUUCACAAGCUCUGUUAUGAGGUUAAAUCUCCCCUUUUAAACCCUAAGACAUUUUUGAUAACUUUAAUAAUAACUGUAAGCUAUAACUGUAAUAAAUUGCAGCUCUUACAGUUUGAAAAUUGCACUCUUAAAUUGUGAUAUCAGUAUAAAUAUGAUGAAUCUUUCAGCCCUAAUAAGGACAACCACAGCUUAAACAGCCCAGUAAAGAACUCUGGGGCUGCAGUCAGUAAAUUGGGAAAUAAGAUCAGUUUUGAUUGGAGCAAGACAUUGUUAGUAUUUCUCAUAGUAGACUUGAUAACCAUGAGUCAUCAUUUGUGACAUACUAGAUAGACUUUAGAAUAGCCAUCAUACAUGUAAGAGCUGACUUAUUGCCAGUCUGUUUCAAGAUGUUAGAAAGUGGGGAAGUAUUGGGGAAAUUGUAUAAAAAUUAGCUUUAAAAACAUACUGACUGCAGCUUCAGUGUGACUGUUCAGAUUAGUCCUUUAUUCCAACGUUGAAAACCAGUGCUACUAGUUUUCCAUGGCCAUUCGUAUGAGCAUGAUCUUCAUCCAGAAAAAAUAUCUAAAAUCCUCACUCUGCUGCGGGCCAAAUGUCUUUAUGCAUAUUAGAAAGUUUUCCUUUAGUAGUGAUCAUUUCUCCUAAGCGUCCCACAGAAAGGGCAUGGACAGGGACUGAUAGUAUAUUUAAACAGCAGCCAUUGGUCUGUAAAAUAUAAGGGUUGCCAUGUGCUCAGUGUUAUCACUGAUCAGGAACAAUGGACUUGCAGUUCUGAAUUACUAUAUAAUUGUGUGUUUUUAAUGGCAUCACGUUCCCUGUAUGAGGAAUUGAGUGAUGUUUUUAUAUUGAUUGACUAACACACCAUUGCUAGGUACACAUUUAAAUUAUGUAAGAGUCUCCUAGUUUCUACAAUCAAUCAGGACUGUUCAAUAGUUGCAUUAGCACCAGCCUUGAGAAUGAUUAAUCCACGUACUGUAGAGAACAUACUGAACAUGCUUGAAUUCACCUCCUUCUCACAUCCAGUGGCCUUAGCUGUGGGUUUUGAUCUCAGAAAUCAUGGAAUGAUUGCAAGCCAUUACUUAUUUUCCAUGGCACUGCUUUAAUGAUUGUUCUUUUGGUCCAACUUCAUUUAGCUCCAUUAAUGACAUGUAGAUUUUGUAGUGCAGGGCACAGUUUAAACAUUACAGAAUCCUAGCUGCUUGAUUUCUCAUUAGAUUUCAUUCUUAACAAUGCCACCUGGUGGUACAGAUGGAUGCCAGAGAGCUUUGUGGUAAUAGUGCACAGCUCCUGUUUUUGCCAGUUGGCUAAUAGCUACUGAAGACUCUUCUCACAAGGAUAUGUUUUUAGGUCAUUUGACAACCACAUCUUAAAAGGGGCUUCCCCCUACAAGUUUCACCAGCAUACAAUUUAAAGUAGAUGUUUUAUGUUUUAUUAGAUUGCAUGUUGAUAAGUGAUGUUACGUGUUUGCAAUGUGGCAGAGACACUAGUUAACUAUAUUUUUCAUGAUUGACCCGAAAUGAGAGUUGUAUUCUACAUGAAGCAGCAUUCCCUAAUCAGAUUUAUGCACAGAUAAGUUCAACAUUUGGGCUGCAUAGCCAUUUCCAACAUCUCUAUAAAAUGAACUGAUGCAAUGGAUACAGUGUGUUAUUACUGGAAAUGCCCUAUACUUUUGGAACAGAAGUCAUUACUAGCCUAGAUAUCUGUUUUGUGGAAAAGCCCUUUAAGAAGGCAAAUGCUGCUUAUGCACUCUGGGUUGUUUUGCUGCUCAAGGAAUUACUUUAAUAGCACAAAAGGAGAGGGGUUAAUAUACAUGAACAAACAGUGCUUGUAUUCAUCUCAUAACACAUUGCAUUUGGUUGAAAAAUCUCCUGUGUGAGAUCUGAGGGCUUUUGGGUUCAUCCUUGCAUUCAUGUAACACUGUAGAAGACCUAAAAGUCUGUGCCUUGCCUGGCAGAGGCUAAGUAUUUUCUUAAAGUGAUUUUGGCCUAUGCAAGCCUUCUUAGGAGCCUGCAUCCAUCUGUCAGUUUCUAAACUGUCUCUAUUGUCUCAUGUACAUGAAUUUGAAAUAGUUUUUUUUUUUGGUUGGUUUUUUUAGGUACUUUUAAAUCAAAACAUGUGUUGUGGUUUGAUAAAGUUGUUUCAAAUAAGUAUGUUGAUUGUACUUUAAUAUAUAAUUGCAUUUCUUGUAAUGAAUUUUGAAUUUUCACUGGUUCUAUUUUUCUACUUUUACCUCAAAAAGGGUAAAUAACCAUGACCAACUUUGUAGCUAGAGAGCAUCUUCAAAAUAAAGCUUCAAUAUUACUCUGUUGCAA